CUCCAUCUUCCUGUGUUUCCCCUAAAUGCAUCCAAAAGCCUUAAAAUCCAACUAAAUUCCAAUGAUGGCGGGACCGAAUCCGCCAAAACAACCGUCAUCCUCCUCCAACAACCACCGCAAAUCCCGCUGGGAAUCUUCCUCUUCCACCGCCAAUAAAAACCCCUCCUCCACAACCGCCGACCACAAGUCCUACACCAAGCCCAGCCCAUCCACCAGGACUGGCCCACCUCCAAGCUCCGCUGCUCAAAACAAGUCACAAUCCGACCCCAAUCAAGCUCAUCCCCCCUUCCCCUUCCCCGAUCCUGCCGCCCUUGGCCCUCCGCCUCCACCGGCGUAUGGAUUCCACAUGCUGGAGCGUCGGACAAUCGUCCUUUACGACGGUAGCGUCCGCUCCUACUUUGCUCUCCCGCCCGAUUACCAGGACUUUCCGACUCGACCCAUACUCGGACCUCGUGACUUCGGUAGCCCAUCAAUGGGCUUCCGCGAUAAUCGCGAUUAUUGGAAUUCGCCGAGUGACGGGCCUGGCCCGUUAAAGAGAAAGUACGGCGAUGAAGGCAAAGACCUAAGAGAGGAGAAGAAGGAAAAGAUCUACACUUUGGGGCCAGGCGGGUCAGACCGCCUAACUGGAAUGAGUAGCCCGCUUGGAAAUGAGGAAACUAGGGUAGCCAAGUAUAUGAGAGUUGGUGGGGGAUUUCAAAAUAAUAAUGCGGGGUUUAAUCAUAAGCAUUUGGAGGUUGAUCAAAGUGCUCUAAAGAAGGCGUUUUUGCACUUUGUGAAGGCAGUUUUUGAGAAUACGGGGCAGAAAAAGAAUUACUUGGAGGAUGGUAAACAAGGGCGGCUUCAAUGCUUGGCUUGUGGCAAGUUUAAUGCCAAAUUUAGGUCCUCUAAAGACUUCUCUGAUAUGCAUGGUCUGAUAAUGCACACAUACUACUCAGAUAAUGCUGACUUGCGUGUGGAUCACUUAGGCUUACACAGGGCUCUAUGUGUGCUAAUGGGAUGGAACUACUCAAAGGCUCCUGAUAAUUCAAAGGCCUAUCGGUUCUUACCUGCAGAUGAAGCAGUCUCAAACCAAGAGGAUUUGAUUAUGUGGCCUCCUGUGGUGAUAGUACAUAAUACAAUUACAGGAAAGGGUAAAGAUGGGCGCAUGGAAGGUUUGGGGAACAAAGCAAUGGAUAGCAAACUAAGAGACCUUGGGUUUGGAAGUGGCAAGUGCAAGUCCAUGUAUGGUAGAGAAGGUCAUCUCGGUAUUACAGUGGUCAAGUUUGCCAGUGAUCAGUCAGGCCUGAUCGAUGCUGUCAGGCUCGCUGAAUACUUUGAGAAGGAAAACCGUGGUCGCAAGGCUUGGUCCCAUCUACAGCCCUUGACUUUAGGGAAGGAUGACGAUGAUAAAAAUCCCAAUCUUGUGAAGGUGGAUGAGAGGAAUGGAGAAAAAAAGAGGAUCUUUUAUGGCUACCUCGGAACCGUUGCUGAUCUGGACAAGGUUGAUUUUGACAUGCGGAACAAGGUUGUGAUUGAGAGUAGGAGAGAGCAUAAAGGACCCAGGUAGUUGCUUCUGGCUUAACAUUGCAAUGGUACUAGGAUGUUUUCUCAAUUAUAGUUAUAUUAGAUUUUGGGAAUAACUGGUACAUGGAUAUUUUACGGUACCAUUUCUUGGUAUUCGAAAGUGGUUUUCAAGUGUCUCUCGUUUAAUCGAUGAAAUUAUUUGUCAUCAAAUUAGCUGCCCCUCUUGUCGAAAAUGUAAUUAUAUACCUCGUUGAUACAAGGAUUGUCUGGUUACAUCUAUUGUAUGCUAUUGGUAUUUUUCAGUUA